UCAACUUCCUUUUUCCCAAUCCAAACAAAGCAAUUCUCUAGACUUGAGAUUCUUCCCUUAUCUUCACUUUCUUGCAUUUCUGUUUGAUCUAUUCUCAACUCCAAAAAAAUGGCUUCCCCAUGUACUACAUAUCAACCAAGCCCUGGUAGUCCUGAAGAUGACUCAAUGAUACUUUUCUCAACUUCAACUUCAUGUUCACCAGCCAAACAAUCCACUAGAACUCAUUCUAAUUCUUCUUCUUUUCACUCGUCAUCACCUCCACCACCACCACCACAAUCGUCUUCAAAUAACAAAACUUACGAACUAAGAGUUCGUAAUCUCUCCUAUACUAUUUCUCCGAAUUCAUCGAUCUUUUCUUCCUUAAUCAAGAAAAGUACUAAGCCAAAAAUCAGCAUACUCAAAUCAGUCUCUUUUGUAGCUGGAUGUUCUGAGAUUCUAGCAAUCGUUGGACCAAGUGGAACGGGCAAGUCAACUUUGUUACGUGUGAUAUCAGGUAGGGUAAGGAACAAAGAUUUUGAUACUAAAAGUAUUUAUCUCAAUGACCAUGCAAUUACUAGUCCUGUCCAAUUAAGAAAUAUAUGUGGUUAUGUUGCUCAAGAGGACAAUUUACUUCCUCUCUUAACUGUAAAGGAAACUUUAAUGUUUAGUGCAAAAUUUCGGUUAAGAGGAAUGGGUCCAAAGGAGAGAGAAGAAAGAGUUGAAAGCUUAAUGCAAGAACUUGGGCUUGACCAUGUAGCUGAUAACUUUGUUGGAGAUGAAGAAAACAGAGGAAUUUCAGGUGGUGAAAAAAAGAGAGUGUCAAUUGGAGUUGACAUGAUUCACGAUCCUAAUAUAUUACUCUUAGAUGAGCCAACUUCAGGAUUAGAUAGCAGUUCAGCACUUCAAGUUAUUGAAUUGCUCUCAUCUAUGGCAAAAACAAAACAUAGAACCAUAAUUUUAUCUAUUCAUCAGCCUAGUUAUAGAAUUCUUCAAUAUAUUUCCAAUCUCUUGAUCCUUAAUCAUGGAUCUGUUGUUCAUUAUGGUUCUCUUGAAUCGCUCGAGGAAAAUAUAAGUAGAAUAGGAUAUGAAAUUCCUAUUCAGCUUAACCCUCUUGAAUUUGCUAUGGAAAUUAUAUCCGUGUUGGAAAACCAGAACUUACAUUCCAAAUAUCAGUCAUGUUCUUAUUUGAGAUGGGAGGAGGCUAUAAUUCAAGAUGGCGCGAGUAAAGAAGUAAUCGAUCAGGCAAAAACUGGUGUUGUUUCGAAUUCAGGUUGCUCAAGUUUAUUUGAAAUAGCAGUGUUAUGUUCAAGAUUCUGGAAAAUUAUUUACAGGACAAAGCAACUUUUCUUGGCACGAACGAUGCAAGCUCUAGUGGGAGGAUUUGGACUUGGAAGUGUGUAUAUUAAAAUGAGGAAUGAUGAAGGUGGAGUUACAGAAAGAUUAGGCCUUUUUGCAUUUAGCCUAAGUUUUUUGCUAUCUUCUACAGUUGAAGCACUUCCAAUUUAUCUUCAAGAAAGGCGCGUUAUAAUGAAGGAAGCGUCAAGAGGAGCUUAUAAAAUCUCUUCUUACAUGAUCGCGAACACGAUAAUCUUCCUUCCAUUUCUCUUUGCAGUAGCCAUUCUUUUUGCUGUCCCAGUUUAUUGGAUCGUAGGGCUGAAUCCUUCGAUUACAGCUUUCGUGUUCUUCACUUUUGUGGUUUGGGUGAUAGUUUUGAUGGCAAGUUCUUUGGUUUUGUUUCUCAGUGCAGUUUCUCCUGAUUUUAUAUCAGGGAAUUCUCUGAUUUGCACUGUUCUUGGGGCUUUCUUUCUCUUCUCUGGCUAUUUUAUACCAAAGGAAUGCAUACCUAAAUAUUGGCUGUUUAUGUACUAUGUUUCUUUAUAUAGGUAUCCUUUGGAUGCACUACUGACAAAUGAAUAUUGGAGUUUGAGAAGCAAAUGUUUCUCUUGGAAUGAUGAAAAUCAUUCAGAAUGUUUGCUGACAGGAUAUGAUGUAUUGAAGAACAGGGGACUUGACAAGGAUACUAGGUGGAUGAAUGUUGGAAUUAUGUUUGCUUUCUUUGUGUUUUAUAGGGUUAUUUGUUGGAUUAUUCUUGCAAGGAAAGUGUCAAAAACAACAAUUUGAAAGAUUAUAACAGCUGAAGAUCAGAAUUCAGGAUGAUGAAAAAGCACAUUUGCUGGAGAUUGAAGACCAACAAGCUCAGUGUUGAAGAUUGAUGACAGCCUGAUUAUCUCAUGUUUAUUCCUACAUUAGAUUAGCUUACUAGAGUGAUAUUGUACAAAUCUUUUAUUUAUCGUGUUAAAUCUAGUUGUCAUGUACUAAUAGCCUAAAGUCUUUAUAAACCUUAUUUUUUA